GUCCACCUGUGAAAAUGUAAAAGUAAAUCUGCUUAUCUAUUUGUCUCCCUUUUUGUAUCAAAACCGAUCAAACCAUAACAUUUUGCAGCCAAAGGAUACUGACGCAAGUUAAGAGAUUCCGCAUUACGUCAUCGCAAAGGCCACAUACUGGAGGCAAGUGCUGCCUCUAUUCUCCUCAGCCAGUAGGCUACGCUACCCGGAAAUUUCCACGACACAACCUUUACAGGAGAGCGGCACAAGAUCGGCCGCUUCGUGCAGUGAUGCAGCACCCUACACCAAAGAAACCCUGAUCGCACUGCAGGACACGACCGGCUCUCUGAUUCCUGGAUGGAAAAUAGUGAUGUAGCCUCGAAAUAAAUUGUGCUGAAACCAUGGUGAUCAUCAGCAGGCGACAGAGAGCAGAGGGCCCUGCAGCAGACAUCACUGGCUGGUACCAGAUAGAAGGAAAAAACUGUUUCACUACCUACACAGCAUGUAGGCCUCCUACAACACUAGAGCACAACAUCUCUGGCUGUGCUGAGCUCCAGCUGAUUAACCUUAAGUCAAUGGCACAGCUUUUUUAUUCCUGUCAAGGGAUGGGAUUCGGAUGCCAGUGCAGUUUAUAGUAUCAUGAUGUAAAAAUAACUCUGGCCAAUCACUGGUAACAGCUGCGAUGUACUGUACCGAGCCAACCAAAACACAGAUUGUUCAAAAUGAUUGAAGACUUUGGGUGGAGUGGUGACAACAUGGCAGAUAGAAGGCAGCUGUUUGUCGAGAUGAGGGCUCAGGAUUUGGACUCCAUACGAUUAUCGACAUACAGAACAGCCUGCAAACUUAGAUUUGUUCAGAAGAAAUGUAAUUUGCAUUUGGUUGACAUUUGGAACAUCAUCGAGGCUUUCCGAGAGAACGGCAUUAACACCAUGGACCUCAACGCCGAGCUCUCUGUGGCUCGUUUAGAAGCGGUGCUGUCCACCAUUUUUUACCAGCUAAACAAGCGCAUGCCCACCACCCACCAGAUCAACGUGGAUCAGUCCAUCAGCCUGCUGCUCAACUUCCUGCUGGCGUCCUAUGACCCGGAGGGCCAUGGCAAGAUAUCUGUCUUUGUUGUGAAGAUGGCCCUAGCAACCAUCUGUGGAGGGAAAAUCCUGGAUAAAUUAAGAUAUAUUUUUUCACAGAUAUCAGAUUCAGCGGGAAUAAUGGUGCACUCGCAGUUCGACGAAUUUCUGAGGGAGGUUCUCAAAUUACCCAUGGCGGUUUUUGAGGGACCUUCUUUUGGUUACACUGAACAAGCUGCAAGAACAUGCUUUACACAGCAGAAAAAGGUCUCCCUCAAUACAUUCCUCGAUACGUUGAUGUCAGACCCAUCCCCUCAGUGUCUGGUGUGGUUACCGCUCAUGCAUCGGCUCGCCAACGUGGAGAACGUCUUUCACCCGGUCGAGUGCUCCUACUGCCAUACUGAGAGUAUGAUGGGCUUCCGCUACCGCUGCCAGCAAUGUCAUAAUUACCAGCUCUGUCAGGACUGCUUCUGGAGGGGGCAUGCCAGCGGUUCCCAUAGCAACCAGCACCAAAUGAAGGAGUAUACGUCAUGGAAAUCUCCUGCUAAGAAGUUAUCCCAUGCCUUCAGUAAGUCCCUGAGCUGUGCAUCCAGCAGAGAGCCUCUUCACCCCAUGUUUCCUGAAAUGCCAGACAAACCUCUCAACCUAGCUCAUAUUGUGCCACCAAGACCAGUGAACAUCAGCAAUGACUACUCACUCUCCCACUCCAUGCCUACAUCAGGGAACCCUUACUCCACCAAAAACUUGCCUUACAGCAAGAAUAAUGAUGUUGGGCAAAGAAAGCCCUUCGAUGGGGCUGCUCCACAUUUGUUGAAAGGGAGAGGGUUGAACUACAACCUUGAUGUUGCCGAUAGACUUGCAGACGAACAUGCUCUGAUUCGCCUCUAUGUGAAUCUACUCCAAAACAACCCCAGAUCAUGUUUGCUGGAGAGCAGUAACCAUCAAGAAGAAGAGCACAGUCUCAUCGCCCGCUAUGCUGCUCGACUGGCUGCUGAUGCUGCGGCUCAACAGCAGAGAAUCCCCACAGACCUCCCAUACUCUCUGGAUGCCAACAAACAACAGAGGCAGCUCAUUGCCGAGCUUGAGAGCAAAAACAGAGAAAUCCUCCAGGAAAUCCAGCGGCUGCGCCUUCAGCAUGAGGAGGCCUCCCAGCCGCCACCUGACAGGGGUCAGCAGAACCCCACUCUUCUGGCUGAGCUACGACUUCUCAGGCAACGCAAAGAUGAGCUUGAACAAAGAAUGUCUACUCUGCAGGAGAGUCGCAGGGAACUCAUGGUGCAGCUGGAGCAACUAAUGAUGCUUCUCAAGCUAGAGGAAGAACGGAAACAAGCUACUCAGGGUCCCGGCUCUCCACGCUCGUCCCCCAGCCACACCACCAGCCGGCCGAUCCCCACCCCUAUCCACUCGGAGUCUGCCGGCACGACCCCGACUCACACACCUCAGGACUCACUCAUGGGCGUGGGAGGGGAUGUUCAGGAGGCCUUCGCUCAGGGUCCAAGAAGAAAUUUGAGAAACAACCUACUCAUUGCUGCUGACUCCAUCACCAACACAAUGUCGUCACUAGUUAAAGAACUCAAUUCAGAGGGUGGAAGUGAGACUGAGAGCACUGCAGAUUCUGACUUUGGACGUGGUGACCUAUUGGCCACAACCUCUUCAGAUCCCUUCUUCACAUAUAAACCAAGGUGUUCCAGCGCUGCAGAGGAGGAGAGCUUUGAGAAUGAUCUGGAGCAGCGGCUGGAGGAUGAGCUCAAGUUGGAGGAGCUAAUAAAGCACAGGCAGGAACCAGACAAGUCGUGCAUGGUGACGCUGCAGCAGUGACUGUGUUAGUCCAGAUGACUGGUGAGCAAUAUGAAAAGCAACAAUAGUAGAAGACACUGGAUGAGACGACACUGGGCCGACGGUACAGAGCACUGAAGAUAUGAAGAAUUUAAGUUGAAUAAAUGGCUGAAUCCAACCAUAUAAUACAUCUUUGUAAAGAUAUAUUUUUUAACCAACCUCAUAUUUAAGGUAAUACUGUGAGCUGAUGUAAAGAGAUUAAUUAGUGAGCUGUCUAUUACACCACAGGUGCCAUAAAAUCCACAUGACUUUGGGGAAUUAUUUCUUAAUUUUUAGCCUUUUUGAAAGAGUUGUCAAGCAAAUGUACAACUACACUGAAAGUUCAGGGUGGCAAACCUGAUUCUUUCAAAUUCUCAUGUUUCUGCAAACAGUGAACCUUGUUUAAGUGUUUGUUUGUCUUCUGAUUUAAGAUAUAAACCUACGUUGGAGUUGAAGCUAUAGAUGAUAAAAUUUGCAAUAUUUUAUAAAUGUAUAACUCCAGAUUUAACCACUAGUCCAUAGAUUUCUUACUGUUGCUGUCAAGUGGCUUUUGUAUUGUUUUUUGACUUGUGUUUGGAGCAGAGUUUUUUUUUUUUUUUUGUGAUACAUUAGUGAUAAUAAUGCACACAUGCCUUAGCUGAUUGGAUGACCUCUCAAAUGAGCUCAUUCAAACUGUCAACGCAGCAUGUAGCUAACAACAAAACAACAGAAAUGCUAGUUGUCUUCACUGGAGGUUAAACUCAUUAAAUCUGGUGCUGGGAAGUGAUUUUGUCUGCAGAGGGAUUUGGUCUGAAAAUAUGUACACUGUCUACAUAUAAACUGUCACUUAAAAACAAGAUAUAGAUGGAUUGGUUCUGACACCUGGAAGUGUUUUAAGAUUCGGUGAAAAAGAUAUAACACAGGAACUUCCAAAUCACGCAAAUUCAAAGGUUUACACUGGUAAGGGCAUUGAACAAGUUGUGUUUACUAUCGAUGGUUUAUGAAUAAGGUUUGAUCGUUUGCCAUUGUUUCAUUUAUUAGCAUCAAUGCUCUCACACACAAAUCGCUGUGUGACUUGCACACCAAACAUGCACACUCUUGAUGCAUUUUCUGAGUGUGCGUGAAACUUUACUCACUCACUUUUAGAAAAAGUGGCAAGCCAAUCUAAAAUCAUAAAUGUGUGAAAUAUAUCUAGUUUGAUUUUUGAGCAAGUUCAUAGCAGUGAUUUUGCAUGGUGGUGAUGCAUAAUAAAGUGUUGACACAAUAUCACAA